AGGGCUGAGGGGAGAAGGUGUGCAUUUUAAGUGUUUGGAAUGCAGCCCUAUUGUGUUGUAUUGGGAUUGUGCCACAGAGCAUUAUGGGGAUUCUACGUGGUGAGAAAUUUAGUGACGUUGGAUAGAGAUUAAAAGUGAAGAGUGAUAGUUGAGCAUUUUUUUGAUAUUAUUCAAUUCAAAUUCGUUUUUUAAAUUACAGGAGAGCGAGGAGGUAUAUUAGAAAUAGUUUUCUUGGUUUUAGAACUUUAUUUUUGUGUGCCGUUAGCAAGCCAAAUUUAAAUAAAUGACACCAAUUCCAGUAGCUAGCUAGCGUUACCAGCGCGAGUGUGCAGUUAUCUCCCCCAGAAUGGUAGAAUGGCCAACGCUGCCGAAAAUGUUGUGGAUUUUUUUGGUUGAAAAACCAUUUUCAUUCUCUGGGGUACACGGAAAAGGUGCGAAUUAAAAGCGAGGGUCGACCUCUGCUUGAGAUCGGUUUCAUGAAGAAGAAAGCAAGAUGGAUUGUAUUGAUGAGAGAAUCAAAAGAGCUUUAAGACGCCGCCCUUAUGUGUUGAAUCCAAUGAGGGUUAACACCCCUGAUUCUGUGAUGUGGCUAACCGGCAAGUUGCACAGAAGGUCAAAGCCUCCAAUCAAUGUGAGCUGUGGGCAGGACCAAACAUCUGGAGAUGGAGCAUCAAUCCAGAGCCUCUCAGCCAGGUCACCUCUGCUAUUCCCAUAGAGACACAACGGAUAGAUCAAUCUGAUUCAUAUGGCCAUUUUGGUUGGCUUGGUUGAAUUGACAAUCAUCCAUUCAAGAUGCUAAAGAAUCAUAUACUAUGGAAGGUCUUUGAGAGUAAAUGCCAGUGUAUUCUAUGGCUGCCAUGAGUACAUGCCUUUCUCUGUCUCCUCAGUCUGGAAGGGUGACUCGGCUGAUAGAGAAAAUAUGAUGAGGUGAACUCGUCCUCCUAUUCUGAUGACUUUUCCAUCUACUCCUUCACUGACUGUGAAUCUGAGUGUGAUGAGGAUCAUGAAAGGAGGACACCACCGCUGAAAGUUGAGACUGGAAAUGUGACAAAGCUUGAUGUGAGGGAUAUGGACGAGGAUGAUCUGUCUCUCCACUCCUUCGAUGAGUCAGACUUCCUGAGCCCAGGGAAGGUCUCAGGUCCUGUAUCUGUCAAGAAUGGCCUCUCUCCCUUUGUGACCUCAGCACACCGGACCCUGGCUGAAGCCCUACGGGCCCUGCCCUCUGCUGUAGGCUCUCCCUACCCAGUAAAUGUCCCAAGGCCUCGGACUCCUCUCAACCCUGUCAUUAUCGCUCUGCCCCGAACAGAGAACUUCCCAUACCGCCACAGCCCUCGCCUGGCUCCCAUCACCAACCUGAGCGAGACCGGCAGGAAGCUGCUCCAGGAAAUGGCUAGAGUGGCCCCACAGUGACAGCACCAUCCCCAAGUCCAGGCUGAUUACCUGGGACCCCUCGGAGGACUUUGAAGACCAGCCACAUGGUCAACACACCUGUACAGACCAUGCACAUCAUGGGGAACCUGGGACCAGCGGGCAAACUUGGCCAAAAGGAGAAGGAAUGCUUGUCUGCACGAUAAGAGCAGAUGGAAAUGGAGUGGUUACCAUCAAACCAGACUUCAACACAGGCAAGGAGCCCUACAGGCCAGUGACCCGCACCCGCUGAAGUCAAAAUGUUUUACCCCUAGCUCAAGUAAGGGUCACUUACUUGGUAGCAGAAUUCAUACAUCCUCAGCCACUUACUGUGUUGCGAUGCUGUGUGUUUGCACCCAAUGUUGAGACGGAGGGGGAGAAGAGGAAGGUGUGGCGUCAGACCAGAGGAGACGGAACAGCAACAGUGCAUAUAUAGACCGUUAUGUACGUCAUAAAGACUACCUCAACAGCUUGGUUGGCCAGGACUGAAAUGAAAGAAAGAUGGAUCGUAAUGAUGAGAGAAUCAAAAGAGCUUUAAGACGCCGCCCUUAUGUGUUGAAACCAGUGAGGGUGAACACCCCUGAUUCCGUGUUGUGGCCAACCGGCAAGGUGCACAGAAGGCCAAAGCCUUCUACUUCAGUGCAGACCACUCAGAUCCACAAAAGGCCUCCAAUCAUUGUGAGCUAUGGGCAGGACCAGACAUCUGGGGAUGGAUGGAGCAUCAAUCCAGAGCCUCUCAGCCAGUCUGGAAGGGUGACUCGGCUGAUAGAGAGAAAAUGUGAUGACGUGAUCUCAUCCUCCAGUUCUGAUGACUUUUCCAUCUACUCCUUCACUGACUGUGAAUCUGAGAGUGAUGAUGAGGAUCAUGAAAGGAGGACACCAAAGCUGAAAGUUGAGAAUGGAAAGGUGACAAAGCUUGAUGUGAGGGAUAUGGACGAGGAUGAUGAUCUGUCUCUCCACUCCUUCGAUGAGUCAGACUUCCUGAGCCCAGGGAAGGUCUCAGGUCCUGUAUCUGUCAAGAAUGGCCUCUCUCCCUUUGUGACCUCAGCACACCGGACCCUGGCUGAAGCCCUACGGGCCCUGCCCUCUGCUGUAGGCUCUCCCUACCCAGUAAAUGUCCCAAGGCCUCGGACUCCUCUCAACCCUGUCAUUAUCGCUCUGCCCCGAACAGAGAACUUCCCAUACCGCCACAGCCCUCGCCUGGCUCCCAUCACCAACCUGAGCGAGACCGGCAGGAAGCUGCUCCAGGAAAUGGCUGGAGUGGCCCCACAGAGAUGGAAAUCUACACCUGUUUAGACCUUGGAGGAUAUGGCUUCAGAUGAAAGACAGCAGAGAGAUGCAGAAUGUAAAAGCUUCAAACACAUUGAUAUGCAAAUUCAGGACCAUUGUACACUGAAGUGGAGCAUGCAUCUGGUCUGAAGCAUGUCAAAAGAGUAGAAAAGAACUGGGACUGGAGGAAUACAUCACAUUUAAACUAAAUUAGCAUGUAUCUGAUUUAGCUACACUCAUCUGUACUUGAAUGGUGCUGUUUGAAAAGUGCAUUUCCAAUAAAGCUUUUUAAAUUGCAGUUAUUU